GAGGGAGAAUCAAGGAAGACGAUAUAGAUGCGCCUCUGCGCAAGGGGCAGUAUUACUACUACAAAAGAACAUUGACCGGCAAGGAGUAUGCGCAACGCUGCAGGCGUCUUGUGCCGACCGAUGGCCCUGUUACAGUCCACGAUGAGAUGCCCACAGGCCCUGAUGCGCCUGCUGAGCAUAUUAUUCUGGACGAGAAUUUAAAGGCUGAGGGCCAUGACUACUACAGCAUCGGGGCUUUCAAGGUCAGUCCCAGUGGCAAGCUAGUUGCGUACGCAGAGGACACAAAGGGUGAUGAAAUCUACACUGUUUUUGUCAUUGACGCAGAGAGUGGACAGUAUGUUGGGCAACCACUGAAAGCAAUUACUUCUGACAUUGAGUGGGCCGGUGAUGACAACCUUGUUUACAUAACAAUGGACAAUAUUCUUCGACCAGAUAAAGUAUGUUAA